AUGAUGGCCGCCAUGCUCGUCUCGAUGGUCGAGUCGGUUGGAGACUACUACGCCGCCGCGCAGCUCGCGGGCGCCCCGCCGCCGUCGGGUCCCGUCAUCUCGCGCGGCCUCGCCGGCGAGGGGUGGGGUCUCAUUCUCUGCGGCCUCAUCGGCACCGGCAACGGCACCACCUCGUACGGCGAGAACAUCGGCGCGCUCGGCGUCACCAAGGUUGGCUCGCGCGCCGUUGUGCAAGCGGGCGCGUGCACGAUGAUCAUCAUGGGCUGCUUCCCCACCGCGACGAUUCACCAUUCGGCCUGGAGGGAGAUGCAUGCGGCGGCGGGCCGCGCAGGGAGGAGGGAGCAGGUGCGGUUUGUCUCGGCGAGCCAGUUCGGCGCGGGCGCGUUUUUGAACGCGAUCCCGACCCGCGCGCACUUCCGUCUGCCCUCGUACGUGCUGCGCUUCGCGCUGCAGCGCCGCUUCGGAUUACACCUGUCGAUGAUGACGGACGUCAUGGCGGACGGCAUCUACAGCCAGCACGGUCUGCCCUUUGACGCCCUUGGCGACGUGGCGCAGAACGACGGCGCGGCGGGCCACCAGACGCGGCACAAGGAGGUCCUCCUGGACCUUGUCGAGCUGCUGCGGGGCAAGCUGGGGCGCGGCGCGGUGGAGCACGAGUUUCACUGCGAGCACAGCACUACGAGGACGGACUUGUACAUUUACCAGGGCGUGAUUGGGGACCUGCCCUGCAUCGGCGACACGAAGAUCUUUGCCGGUGUGCCGUCGGACCCCUCGGGGGUGGGGCGCAUGGGGGCGUUUGUCGCUUGCGGCAACACGCUGCCACGCGCCCGCGAGACGGUUCUGGGCGUGGAGGGCGGGGACAGGGGUGGGAGGGUGGGGAUGUGGGACCCGCGGACGGGGACCGGGACGGUCGAGGCUGUCAAGGGCCAGUACACGGACGCAGAGGGGAAGUGCCGCGUGGAGGCGCUGCUCUUCGAGGAGUUCGGCGCAAUGAGCGCGGGGGUGGAGGAGCUGCUGAUGCGGGUGGCUAAGGUGGCGGGCCGGAAGCUCACGUGGUGGCAGUACGACCAGACGUCGUGGUCGGCGCGCGAAUGGAUGCCGUUUGCGCUGCAGCGACUGUCGGUGCAGCUCUGGACGGCGCUCGCGGACGAGGCACAGCGCGCCAUUGGCGCCAUCGCCGUCUCUGCCGACGUCCCCGCCUCCACCAUGUCCGCCUCUGCCCUCACCGGCGGCAUGGUGAAAGGCACCGUCGAGGCCGACCGUGCCGGCUUGCCCACGGGCCGUGGCAUGAAAACAAACGCCUCCGAGUCCAGCGGCCGUGGCACCACCACGCGCGAUCCUGGCUGCGGCCUCCAACCCCUGCCAGAGCUCCUUGGAUGUGCCACGCUGGCUCCUUGGAUGUGCCGUUGCGCGAGCUUUUGCUGCCUUUCCGACUGCAUCGACUACCCCGCCGCUUGCGGCGGCUGCAGUUUCUGCUGA